UACUUUAUAUCUGUGUCAUUAACUUAUAAAAAGACGAUGAAUGAGACUUUAAAAUGUGUGUUCUAGAAACAAGAUAAACCUUGUAAUAAAGGAAACAAACUUUAUUUUUUUGUUCAAGCAGUUUUCGUUUCAGUAGCUCUUUUUUUUAUUCAAUUUUCUUUACAGCUUUACAAUAAUUUUUUCAGGAUUAUUUCUUAAUUUAAACAGGAACAUAUAGAUUACCAAGAUUUAUUCCAUUUGUAUUUGACAGUUGGGCGAAACAUAGCAAAACAAGCAUUUUUUUAAAGUACAUUUCAGACAUAUGGAAUCAACGACCGAUGUGAUGGAAAAUUUACUAGCCGGAGAUGCUCAUGUAUCUUUGAAUCAAUGUAGUAUAGAUGAUCCUCAUCGUCCAAUUGAACUGUCUCCUGUACCUGAACAAGCUCCGCAAAACAAUGAAGAUUUGAGUUCUUAUUCAGUGCCGGAUCUUUUAGCGUCAACCAAUUGGAAGUGGAAAUUAUUUGGAUUACAACAAGUGAAAAAUAUAUUAACGGGUGAAGUCGCAUCAGAAGAGUUGGAUGAAAAACUUCUUUUAGAGUAUGGCAACCAUUUGCCUGAGUGGUUAGUUCAUUGCAAUGGAAAUGUUCAGCGUGUAGCAUUAGAAUUAUGUGUUCAUUUGUUUUUAAAAUUGAGUCCUUUGCAAAUGCAAAAGAUUUGGACGGAAUCUACUCUUUAUAAUGUCUUACAAGAUAAAUUUUUUUCUCAAUCACGUCUGUUAGAUACUCUGACAGAGGCCUUGAGUUCCAUCUUUGAAAUGAUUCCAGAAAAUGUGUUCUUUGAGCCUUUUGUGAAAUUUUUAGAAUCUGCAAUUGAUUCGAAAGGUUUUAUCUCAUUGAAAGGUUCUCAAUUAAAAAAAUAUGUGGGAGGAUUAAAUUCUUUAUCCAAGUUGCUGCACUGGUUUGGUUUUCAAUCUUUUUGUGACAGUCCUAUUCUACAACUUAUUUCGACAUUUACCACAGCAAUGGAUGCCACGCUUAAAAAGUCAGCUUAUAAUUUUUUGAUUGAGGUUUUUUUAUGGACGAAAAAUGACACAUUGGUCACUCAAUAUGUUUCUGAAAAACAAAAGGCUGAGAUUGGACGUCGCCUAACUGAUCUCAGGAACGAAAAACGUUUAGCUCCAUUGAGAAAAUCUUUUUCACAUAAAACCCCAAUUGAAACCACUAUGGAAACGAAUAGCUCGAAUCAACAGUCUUCCAGGGAUUUCAUUUAUAAAGAAUUCAGUCCCAAAGCAAUUCCCGUUUUACCGGCAGAAAAUUUAUUUAAACAUAUGACGCAAGAACAAUUUGAAAAACGUGUUGGCAAUGCGAGUAAAUGGAAGGAGAAGGUUGAAGUUUUUCAAGAUAUGAUACAGAUUUGUGAGAAAUUACGUCGAGUGAAACCAUGCGAUUGUGGCAUAAUGAUUUCAGUUCUUUUAAAAACAAUUCAACUCGACAGUAAUUUAGCGGUGACAGGAGCAGCGUUAAAGUGUUGUAAUGCAUUAGCUUUGUGUUUACAAGAUUCUUUUGCCCCUUAUCUACGUCAAGUAGGAAGUAUGGCUCUUAUGAAGCUAAAGGACCGAAAUCGGUCUAUUACCUGUAAUGUUGUCACCUUAUUACAAACACUUUUAUUAUGUGGUUCUUUUGAACCUUACUUGGAGGAGAUUCUUCGACUUACUUGUGAUAAACAAAGUCACGUUCGCAAUUUAGCGCUUCAAUGGCUUCUUUAUGUUAUGAAUCAUCCGUCUCAAAAAGCAGCUGUUAUUAAAACUUUUCAGAAAAUAAUCCAGUGUGGACUAGAUGCUUUAGAUGACGCUACUGCUGAAGUUCGAUCGCGGGGAGCUCAACUACUCUUUAUUGCUCAGAAAAUUGACCAGGUUCAUGGGGUCUCAGCUUGUAUAGAAGGGUUAUCUGAGAAGAAGGCACAUGGUGUUCGUGAGGCAAUUGCUCGUAUCACAUUGGAGGAAUGUUUAGAUACUAUUUUUGCACCAGCAAACGCAGCGAGUAUUACAAAGCUGUCCAAAGUGGAAGUUUCGACAAACGCUAAAUUUUUAAAAAGACAACCCUCACGUACAACAAUCAUGAAAACAACCAAGGCUAAAUCAGACACUUUGAAAAAAAGUGAACAUCUUUCCGGGAGUGACGUCCUGGUACCAGAAGUCACGCUAGAUGGGGAAUCUGCAAAGAAAUUGUUAGAGACGUUUGUUCAGCCUGAAGGUUUAGAACGUAUGACUGAAAAGUUUUCAAGCAGCUUUUGGAAGGAUCGGGUUGAAGGUUUUGAUAAGGCCUGGGAUCUUGUUAAAACAACAACCUGGGAAGAUACCGAGCCGUUUUGCGUGUGGAUUCGUACUUUUGGGAUGAAAAAUUUUGCGGAAACUCAUAUGAAUGUCAAUAAACGUGCGUUGCAGUUUUUAAGUGAUAUGGUCGAUUCGCUUCAGUUGAAAUUGAGUCAAGCGUGUAUUGGAAUGUUUUUAAGCGGGUUUAUUGAAAAGGUUUCGGACGGAAAGUUGAAAGCGUUCGUUUUACAAUUCGUAGAGAAAUGUGUUAUUAUUUAUUCGUUAGCGUGUGUUCUGCACUGCAUUAUGGCACCUAAAAUGUGUCAAAAAGUGACAAGCAAGGUCCGCACUGAAGUAUGUUCUUUAGCAGAGCAAUUUUGGGUUCGUUUUGGUCCCGCAAAAACUGAUUGCCACUCUUUUGUAGCCUACGCUGUUAAAACAAGUGCAGAUCGUUCAGCAGCAGCGCGAGCCGCGAGUCAACGUUUUCUGUUUGUUUUAUAUAAAAAUGAUCCCAGUGGUGUGGCGAAAACAUUGCGACAAAGUGUUUUAGGAGUAGCUUUGUUAAAUGAUUUUUCUAAUGAACCGAUUCAAAGUAUUGCAAACAAACCAGGUUUAUCAAGUGUAGAAAGAAAAGUCGCUUCAAGCAAGAGUGGAACUACUACAGAACAAGUAGUUCAAACAGCAAGUGAAACGAACAAAACCGUUAGUGAGUCUCUUGACUUUCUGAAGGGUUAUUUGAGCGGUUCCAAUUUGAAGAAACUUCAUAGUACGGAUUGGACUUGCCGUAAAGAAGUUUUGUCUCAACUAAAUUGUUCGCUUUUGCAAACGUCCGGUUUAAAAUUUUGUGAAGCCACGUUACAUGAAUUUUUUUCUCUAUUAAAACAUCGUUUGAAAGAUGAAUCAAAUCGCUCUGUUCUUAAGGAAUUAUUACGGUGUAUUGAAUUGUUAGGCUCGAAUUUACCAAUAACAGAAGCUAAAAUUUUUAUACGAUGCAUUCUGGUGGAUGUUUUUUUAAAAUUUGCUGAUAAAAGUGUUUUGAUUCGUCAAAGUUGCACUGAAACGGUCAUCGCUUGGCUUAAAGUAACAGGCUUUUUACCUUGGGUUUUUUGUUUGUAUACCUCCAAAGUUUUAAGUGGUUCGGGUGAGGAAAGAGAACCCAUUUUAAGUCUUUUAGCGUCUUUGGACGAUAAGAUGUUUGCAAACACUUGUUUUUCACAACAUGAACAUGCUUUUUUCCUUCAAUCAUUUGUCACCUGUCUAGUCAAUUUGUUACUAGAUAAAAAAAAAAUACUACGGGAUAAUGCAGAAGUUUUUCUUUACAAAAUAGCGCGGUGUUUGCAACCUAAUUUUCUUCAGAAAAUCUUUAAAUCGACUUGUUUUUCAUCACAACAUCAUGUUAAAGUGGUCUUUCAAAAGUGUAUCACACUUGCGUCUUCCCAACAAACCAGUUCAGAAAUUUUCUCAGCACAAGAACCACUCACGUUCUUUUCCUCCUGCGGUUAUGUUUUCAAAUGGGAUUCCAUAACAUCUCCUUCUGUUUUAGAAACAUUAGAGUCGUUUCCGAAAUGCGCAUGGUCUUCGUUUAUACCGCUAGAAGAAAAUGCUUCCUUCAUGACACUAUGGAGUCAUGCAGCUAAUGAAAAAUUACUUAACGUCAUACUCGAGACUUCAUCGUCUCAUUCGAAUAUUCUAGAAUGCUUUGAAUUUUGGAAAACAUUUUUUCAAAGUACACAAGCGUUUUCAGAUUUUUUUGUAUCGGAAUUGAUGUCCCAACGUUUCGCUAUGCUUUAUGUCGUACAACGUUGGUUUGUCGUACGUCUCUCCUAUCCUUUGGUGGCUACGGAAGCCUGCCAUAUACUAUCCUUGUUACACGAUAUCGUCCAGUGUAAUGUUGCCAAACAUAAAGGGUCUUACGAACCGGUAUCUUAUGUUAUGUUGUGUUCCACGUUACCUUACCUUUUCCAAUAUGGGGUUCAAACGGAGUCUAACCAAAUCCAUUUUUGUGAAGAAAAUGUUUCCCUUCUGAUACGGAAAAUUGUUUCUUGGUGUUCUCCACAACUGACGUUUCAAAUGUUACUGUACUGCUUGAAAUCCUUAAACCACAAGUUCUUUUUUUUAGUGUUAACUGAAUUAUGUGCGGUGUGUGAAACAUCCUGUGAGAUUUCCUGGAAGUCUGUGGAAAAAGCGAUUCCAAUUGUUUCUAAUAUUGCGAUUUCAAGCAAGGAUACUUGUGUUGAAAAGACUGCUCAACAAUUUCUCCAACUUGUUUGUUCUCGUGCUGAUGAUCAUACGAUCUCUAUGUUGAUUCCACAGUUCCAGGUUGGCGAGAAUUUGUCGGUUUUUUUGAGUCGCACGUUGUGCACGAAUCGUCCUUUAGAGGAAACCUUGACUUUUCAUGAAAAAAAUCAAAGUUGUGUUGAGGCCAACAUUACUCAAAAAACAACGGAAAAUGACUUUAGUAAAACAGAGUCUUUUCAUUGCUCGGAGAACGAGGAUCCUUUUUUAACGACUACUGGAUCUUGUCCUUCAAUAAAAGGCUCAUCUCAACCUGAUUCCAAUUCAUUAUCACUUUGUGAUUAUUUAGAGGAAUGGAAUCAGUCUAUUGAAGAAAAACAUAUUGAAGAUAAGAUUCAAAACACACAAGGUUGUUUUGCAGAGUAUUUCGCUGAUUUCGAAAAACGCGAAAAAGAAUCGUUUCAACAAGAUUUACUCGAAGAGUGUCGACGUGUGAUGGAAGGUCGGCUUCAGCCCAAUGCUUCGCAUAUCGCCUACUGGAAUGGUGUCAUGCGUCUUGAUGAUACAUUGGAAUCGGUACAGGGCGAAACUUUAAUUCUAGCUGAUUUAUUACGAGGAAUGAAUCGACCCGAUUAUCUGUCCAUCGCACAAAAUGCAGAAGAAUUAUCUAAUUUUUUUAUUACACCCUCAAACGGAACAGGCCAACAAAAACAAUGGCAAGUUGUGUUCGCUUCCGAAAUCAUUACUGUUCUUCUUUUCGGCCUGCGUUUCUGUUUUGAUAUUCAACAUUAUGAGACAUUACAAGAUGAAAAGGAACAUGCAUGGAUUGCCGGAUUAAAAUUAACACAACUUGCCAAUCGUAUUUUACGAGAUAAAAAUGUUUUACAAAGAGUAUCUCUCAUUCAAUUACGUGAAUUGUAUAAGGUUUUCAUACUCGCUAUGUCUGUUCAUUCUCAUUGGGCCCGUUAUGAACAAGGAGCUGAAAUAGCUCGACGCUUGAAUACUAUUAUAGCAAGAGAUUUAAUGAGCGUUGUGAUACCACGGAAUGCAUGCCAUCUUUUUUUGAUGAUAUUUGAUUUUCUAUUAAAUCAUUUACAUGACCUGACUCCAUCUUUAGUUAUUCGUGUUCAUCGAAAGUUAAUCACAAAGUUCAAUACAAAACAUAGCUUUAAUCCUCCGACUGCAGAAGAAAUACCUUAUUAUCUUCGUACUUUAGAUGCUGCUAUAUUAGCAUUAAAACAAUUAGAUGCUUCACCCUUGUUAGGUUCUAUUGAGUCAACCACGGAGCGCCUCGUUGACUCAAAAAUUCAACAACAUUUUGUCUUUGACCAGAACCAUUUACAAGAAUUGAAAGCACAAAUUGAACUACUUAUUAAAGAAAUCAUUUACAUAUGUCUCGUCAUUUUAGGACCACAUCUUGUUGGAGUGUUUUUAAGAGAUCUUGGUUUCCAUAUUCCACAGGAUGAGACUUUACUAAAUCCUUCGACGGCAACAUUACCUAUGACGCUAACCUUGCGAUUGAAUUCUCGCUUAAGUUGCCGUCUUGAAAAACUAAUGAAUACACCUUAUUCUAUUGAAUUAACGGCUACUGUGUGUCCGAACAUUUUAACGAAACAACAAGACGAGGGAGUGACGUGCAAAACGUACUAUGACCAUCAUAAUCAAUUUUUUCAUCAAAAAACACAAACUCUAUUAUCUACUCCUCCACUUUGUUACCCGUUUUUUUCUAUUAAUGAAUUCAUAGCGCAAGCAAAACCCAACGUGACACUUGAAACUUUAGACCCAAGUCUUGCUUGCGGUUGGUCAGUUAAAAGAAAUGUCACUGCUGGAAACGAUAUUCAACCUUUAAGCGAACUUCUUCCAAGCUGGAAUGAAUCUCUUGUUCAAGUUUCUUCACAAACGUGUUAUUCACUAAAUACGCAUCUCGCGAAAAAAGAAGCCAUGCUGUGGAUGUCUCGUAAUCUUAUGCAUAAUGAAAUUGUUGGGAAAUACAUCCGUCGAGCUUUAACUUUAACGGCAUGUAUAAGAAACGAAUCGGGUAACAAGAAGCAAGAUUCCUGAAACGUGUUGUGGUACCCUUUGGAAAAUUGCUAAUUGUAUAAUCGGUCCAUUCAUAUAAGUGCGAUUUAAGUGAGUCGAGUGUUUGAUGACGUAUUCAGCAUAGUUGAAGAAAAGUUAUGAAAAGAUAGUCAUUUAUAAAGGAAUGAAUUUUUUCGUUUCUGUUUUUUUUAAUAAUUUCACAGCACUAAAGCAUGCUAACAGAGUAGCGAAAAAAUAAAGAGAUGGUAA